AUGGAUAGGAUUAGCAAUCUACCAAAUGAGAUCAUUUGCCACAUCGUAUCGUUCCUUUCUGCAAAGGAAGCUGCUUUCGCAUCAGUUCUGUCAAAGAGGUGGCAGAAUCUCUUUACCAUUGUACAAAAACUUGAGUUUGAUGACUCAGUCAAGAAUCAAGGGAGUUUGAUGGAUUUUGUCAAUGGCGUAUUGGCUCUUCCGGUCACUACCCGCAUUAGUAAGUUCUCUCUAAGAUUUGACAGUUUUUUAAAGCGGAAACUUGAGACUGGUCUUGUUAUUGGUCCACAUGUUGUCAACCGUUGUCUCUGUAAUGUCCUGAAGCGUGGUGUCUUGGAUCUUAAACUGGAAAUAUAUGGUGAAGAUGGAUAUUUACUGCCUUCUGAGGUCUUCACUUGCAAAACAAUUGUUGACCUGAAACUCACUUCCUGCAUAUUCGCUGAGUCUUAUGUUAUUGAUGUUAUCCCUGAGAAUGCAUUCCUUCCGGGGCUUGAGUCUCUCUUUCUCAAAUCAAUUUGGUUCUCUGAUCUACGCGGAUGUGCUUUCCAAACGCUUCUUUCUGCUUGUCCUGUGCUUAAGACAUUAACCAUAUAUGAUGUGCAGUGGGAAAAAUGGAAAUGGUCUCGCACUGUAUCAAGUGCAACCCUUGAAAGGCUUAUUAUUCAACGUACAGAAUUCACUUAUUUUAACGGGUCUGAUUUCAAAAGCAUUACUUUUGAUACUCCGAGUCUUACCUACUUAAAGUACAUUGAUUUUGUUCCGGAGGAGUAUCCAGUUGUUAAUCUUGAUUCCAUUGUCGAAGCCAAGCUCCAUCUUAUUCUCACUGGGAAUCAAGAUUACCCUGUAAGAUACCUAGGCCGAGAAGAUGAUCCUAUUACAAGCAAUCCAACUAAUUUGAUCAAGGGGUUAAGAAAUGUUGAGAUCUUGCAUUUAUCUACUGCAACUGCGCAGAUGCUUUGUUUCUUCCCCCGUGAAACACUUCCAGAGUUUGUAAACCUACAUCAUUUAACUAUUGGACCAACUUAUUACGAGUGUUUUAACUGGCGACUUCUGCCAAUUUUGCUAAAAAAGACUCCAAAUCUAAAGACGCUCAUGAUCAAGGGUCCAUUGCAUUUGUACUACAGAGACUUCAAUGAUGAUGAAGAAGAAGAAGAACCUGAAUAUUAUUGCGAGUGCUCGUCGGGAUGUAAUUGUCUAUUGUCAUGUCAUAUGGAAGUCCUGGAGAUCUCCCAUUACAGAGGAACUACCAAAGAACUGGAGAAACUGAAGCAUUUCUUAGGGAAGUUGUCAUGUCUUGAGCAUGUGAAACUUGGUGUUUGGGCAAGUAGCGACAAGGAAAAGUUGAGUAUCACCACUGAUCUACUAAUGCUUCCUAGAGCUUCGGUCAAUUGUAAGAUCCAGAUCAACUUUUCUUAA